GAGAUGGAUGGGGUGCUAAACAACCAGCCAAGGUCUCUUUUUCUAUCUGUCUUUCUAUUCAUUCCAAUCGGAUAGUCAGUCAGUCAGUCAUUCUGCCAGUUAAAUUGGCAGUUGUUGGUUGCUGCUGCAAGAUAAAUUUUCUUUCCCGCUUUCGUAUCAAAAUAAUUGGUUACGACAUUGAAACAGUACUAAGCUGCUUGCAGAACCAACUGUUUAUACGCUUCAAUGGCGGCAUCGUUAUUACCAUCGUCAUCCACAAUAAUAUUGAUAUUACUUUUCAUCAUCUAUUAACGUGUUCUCAUCUACCUUAACUACUAACUAAGAACAAAAAGCAAGUUUUUUUCUACAAAAUAUCAGCACUAUAAUUUUCUGUUUGUUGUCAUGUCCAUCAUAUAAACUGACGAACUGCUUUCGUUUUUCUGCUGUUUCAUUUUCUUCCUGUGAAUGACAACAUGUAGAUGUUGUCUAGUGGUAGCUAAUAUUAACAGAACAAGAUAAAUAAUCGGUUUUGUAGCUAAUUCACUGACAUCCAUCCGAACAAUUCUAAUACUGCGAAUGAGACUAAGAUAUCGGCUGCUGCUUCUUGCCAUUUUGUCUACUUCCUUAUUCUACGGCCGCAGCAACAGUUCUUGUGUAUGUAUGUGUGCAUGUAUGUAUGUGUGCAUGUAUGUAAUAUGAGUGCGUGCCAAGCUUAUUAUUGCUCCCACUUCCAGUUUUCAACUUUCUAUUAGCGUUAGAAGGAAGAAUUUAGCAAGUGAUAAAAAACAAGGUGGAUGGUUACUUCUCAGCGAUAUCAAAUCUAUGCAAAUUGACCGUAGUUUUGCGGAAAAUAAAUAAACAGAACGAGUAACAACAAAAGGCGUUGUUUAACGUAACAAAUUUUCCAUAUAAUUUUUCAAUCGGGAACCACCACCACCACCGCCGCCGCCACCACUGCUACCUCCACCACCAUCACCAUAACAUCAAAUCAACAGUUCCAACCGUUUAUAUAACAAAUGCGCUACACACCCUGACAUCAGAUGUAUUUCCUAAAUCUCAAUUCCGUAUUUUCUUCUGGCGAAUUCUUCGGGAACCUAUUAACAACAAGUCUUUGAUUAACGAUGUCGACUCGAAAGAAACGUUGGAUAAUUUCUAUAUAUUCCCUUCGUGUGUUCUAUUAGUAGUUAAAUGUCUAAGUAAUGGCACCACAGACAUCAUCGGUCAGUUGGCCAUAGGGUGCCAUUCUGUCAUUCAUAUAUAUAUAUAUAUAUAUAUAUAUAUAUAAUUUGAAAUAGUGUGAAAAAUGCCUAAACGAAAGUUUGGAAAUGGCGUGGACUAUGAUCAUUCCAUACCUUUGCCCAUUCAGUCCUUCUUCUGGCGCCAGACAAGUAUGUUCAUCCGGCCCAAGCUGGUUAACAUCAUUGAAACAUCCUGUUUGUCGUUUGAACGUGUGGUGGUACAAAAUAUUCUCCAUGGUUUAUCACCAAGUUUGUGUGAAGCUAUACACAGUGUAUCAAGGUGGAAGGUCAUUCAGACAGCUUUUCCUCAUGUGUUACAUGCAUGUGCUGCUCUUCUCGCAGAAAGAAAGCAAAGAGAUGCUAUUGCAAAGUUUACCAACUGUGAAACAAAAUUACUCUAUACAUUACAUUGGAUUCUUUUAGAUGCAGCAUCAGAAUGUGAAGACAAUUGGGCAGAAAUGAAUCAGGGAGCUCCAAGUGGACGUACUUACAUGCAUGCACUUGGUACCAUUCAACUUUUUGUGUACUUACUAGCACCACUAGUACACACCUUAUCUGAAACAGAUUUUCAAAGUUUGAAAUUGGAGAAUGGAUUAAGAAUAUGGCAGCCUUUGAUAGAACAUUACCUCCCUGAUGUACCUUGUUUCUCAUCCCUUGUCAAGCCUCAACGCAACAUCUUGAAAGCUCAUCGUAGCAAUACAAAACAUAACACUAAUGCUGCCAACAUAUACAUUGGUAAAGGUUGCUCUGAGCAGAAUCUUUAUCAUGGUGUUGAACUUUGUAUUGAUGAAAAAGAAGACUCAAACGUUUUCAGUGGUAAUGAGCCUACAUCUCCAUUAGCACCUCUUGCACAUAUGAGUGACAUCUGUGCUUUGUCAAGCUCUGACAGCCAAUCUGCCACAGUUGAUGUUGUCUGUGAAUAUUGCAAUUCUGUUGUGCCUGUUCGUUCAAGUAAAAAUGGUACGUGUAAAUGUAGAGGGAAAAACAGUAGCAUCAAGUUUUCUUUUGAUUCAAAGCUUUCUGUUUUGCCUAAGGUACCUGAAACCCCACCAGAUAAAGAUUAUUUAAAUCAGAAAUUGACAAGUGCUGAUACUACUUGUUCAAAAAGCUCUAGUUCUACAUCUCCUGAUGUUUUGUCUGCUUGCUAUUUUGAUAUUGCAGUACUUAGGUGUUUAUUUUGCCUACAUUGGCCUGAAGAUGGUAUUUAUUGGGCUUUAAAGUAUAUUCAUCGUCGACUUUUAGAGAUAUGUGAUGAAUAUGUUAGAAUGGGACAUUCAGAACGUGAACGAAGCAAGUCUCUACCAAUUCCGAGUAUUCAAGUGCUACAAAUGUAUUCUGCCAUGCCCUAUCCCUCUAUGAAUGUGCAGGAUUCUGUAUAUUCUCCCUGUACUCCACGGCGCAAGUCUUAUAAUACAUCCAACCAAAAUCUUUCAUCCACAAAUCUUUCUCAAGCACCCACCACACAUAAAGAACCACCCCAUAAACGCAUUAGAGUAACUGAACUAAAACAGUUGUUUGAUUCUUCACGCAACAAGAAAUACACUACCGAACCAGAAGAAAAUGAAUUACAUUCUCUAAGAAGCAGACGUGCUGAACCUUCAAACAUUUCUCUCAAAUCUCUCAAAGCAGAUUCUUCAAGUUCUUGUACUUUAUCAACAUUAGACACCGAUUCUGAUUUUCCUCGACCAAAUUCAGCAUUUGCCAAUUACCUUGAUGUCAAGAAAGAUAGCAAGUCAGAUGAUAUAUUUUCUGAUCCAGCCCGUCGUAAAAGCAUGCCCUCUCUACAUCAGUCAGAUAAGGAUUCACUGGCUGGGACUAAUCAGUUAAGCAAUCAAGCCUCUCCUUGUUCUGGUAGGGUCGAUUCAAUGCCUGUUGGAUUAAAUCUUAAAUCCAACCAACAGCCAAGUCAACGAGAACAUCUUUUACAUCCUAUAAUAACCAUCACAGAACAUAGUCCUUGUGAUGCAACAUCUCUGGCUGCUCCAUCUCAAUCUCCUAACUUAUCUGACAGACAGCGUCGAGGCAGCAAUGAAUCCAGAAGACAAGUCCAAGACUUCAGCUCAGUAACAACACUGAACAUGGCACGCAGCAUGACUGAUUCUAAUAUUGCAUAUUCUACUGAAGAUGAUAUUCAGGAAGCUUCAGGAUCUGUUUAUUAUAUCCAAGACAAUGGCCAAUUUAAUUAUGGCAUCAUUCUAAAGGCAGUACAUUUUGUGUCCAUGAAUGAACACAGCCCAAGAAUAUGUGAAGUGUUGUUGAAUAUUUUAAAUUCACUUCUGGAUCUAGAUAUUAUAGAUAUGAAAAGGUCUGAGUCAGAAGCUUCCAAAUCAGAUUCUACUGGUGUUAUUGAUGAAAAUGCUAAGAAAUCAGAAGACAAAAAAGAAACAAAUAAAAACGAAGAAACUACUUACUGUAUUGCUAUGGAUAGUAUUGUCAGGAUAUACAAGUCUCUUGGAUGUCCUCAGGGUUGUGGUGAUGGUGUCAGGGGUACCAGUGGUGAAAAUCUUAGGCAAAGGGGACAAAAUUGUUUACAAAGACUUCAAAGAGGGAAUCCGUCAUUGUUUCGGAAAUAUUUACGUGAUUCUGUUCAUAGACAUUCAAUUCAAGACAGUGUGGAUUUUAUGCAUUCAAUACUUGGAUUUUGUAUUGAGUCAGGGAGUGUAGUUCAAUCUCCAACUGAUUCCAUUUGUACAAUCUUACAAUCAUGGUUGGAUUCUGAAUGCAUUGAGAAACUGGCGUCAGGUCACAAGAAAUGCUCAUCUUCUGAGAGUAGUGCACUCAACUUUUCAAACAACUUUGGCCAUAGUAUAGGUGGUGUUGGACAUCGUGGUGUUGAAGGUGUUAUUGUAGCCAACAUUCUCAAGCCUUUAGUAUCUAAAUGUGUUGAUAGUAUCAAAGAACUUAGCAGCCAAGAAAAUAUUAGUUUAUUCUGUGAUGUGCGUCAGUUGAUAUCACACGUAAAGGAAGUACAUGGUGGAACCUUACGCCGUGUUGCACUUAGUGGAUUAUUAGAUUCUCUUGAAAGACUUAGAAAAAAGAAAACAGUUGAGAAGGAGAAAGAGAAUGAUAGAGCUAUUAAAGGAACCCCCAUAUCAACUAGACACACUACUUCUGGUACAUCUGACAGUGGAGAUGAAAAAGAUUGGCAUAAGUCCUCUUGUGUGAGUGUUCAUGAAGAAUCUGCUCCUGUAAAGAAUUCACGACGAUCCAUAUUUCGAAAGAAAGUGAAAAAGCCAUUGGUGACACCCUAUUCUACUGCCAGUGAUUCUGAAAUUCUUGAAGAUACUUCCUUUUACAAACAAGGCUCCAGACUUAGUAUGUCUGCAAGUGAAGAUGACCCUCCAUCUGGAAGUAAUACUCCAAAACGUAGAUUCAGUAGAUUUCAGUUAGGCUCCAAGCGUCAUGUGAAAUCAGACCAUGAAGAGGACAUUGCUUGCGAUACCCCGAUAUUAGAUCGCAGAGACAGUCGCAGUGAGACUCAUUUCAACCGAGUUAAAGGCAAAAUGUCCUUCCGUGCUGCAAGCCAUGCAACAUUGACAUUUCUGAGUGCCAGGAAGAGGAUAGAAGAUGGCAUAAAAACCCUUGGAAGACGAAUGAGCCGACGGGGCAGUGUAGAUGAUGCUCGGGCAAGUGGUUCAAAUGAUACGACGGACCAUGCAGAAAAUGAUAUGUGGUUCCGGAGAGAGAAAAAGCUGGUUGAUCAGUAUGUCAUCAAAUCUGGAAUGAUGAGAUUCUCAUUUUUACUAGAAUGUUGUGCUCCAGGUUCUUUACCUGAUCCGCAGCUUGUUGCUGCAAUGUUGACUCUGGAAGCACCAGUGAUUGCCCGAGCAACUUUGUUAUUGGAAUGUGCCCAUUUUAUACACCGUUGUAACAAUGGGGAUUGGCCAAAUUGGAUGAAACUCAACUUACCAACAUUUCGUCAUUCAACUGCAGCCUUGCAAAGCAGGGGGCAACCUUCAGGUUAUAGACGUAGCUUAGUCUUCCAAAGAGCAGCUGGCAAGAUGUUUUAUCAAUGGGCAGAGACUUUGGGAAGCCAGUUGGAAUACAUCAUGGCUAAAGAAUACACUGAUAAACUAACUGUUAUCGAUGAAGUUACUGAUGAGCUGCGUAAAAGAGAAUUACGAAUGGAAGAUGAAAAUGAAAAUUUUUUAGAUGAAGCUACUGUAAAUUUUACUGGAGCUGAAUGCCCUUAUGCCUUGAAAAUGGUUGCUUGCCUAGUCCUCCUGGAAAUUACAACUUUUAUGAGAGAAACCUAUCAAUAUAUACCUAAAUCCCGCAUGGGAAAGAGAGAUGCUGUGUGGGAGCGAACAGCAAGUACAACUCGAAGAUGGAGUAGUGGAAUUGGUAGUCCUGGACAUUCAGAGAAAAGUAUUGAAUCAAACAUAGGAGAUGUUCCACAAACUAUGCAAUCUGGUUCAACAACUGUUGGAAGCCCAACAGAGAGAAAAAUAAGUUUUGCAGUCCAGGCCGAGCGAUCAGAUUCAAUCCAUAGUAGUAAUACUUCACUGUCGGUUGUAGAAGGAACAGAGGAAAGAAAAGGUGUUCCUGAGGUGUAUUCAACAUUGCCUUUUGGAGAUGUAGAAUUGUGGAGAAGACUAGCCCAAGGUCGCCAGAAAUUACUGAAGCAUUUUAGACGAAGUUCUGGUCCUGGGCAUAAUUCAAGUUUCCGUCACAAUAGGAGUUUCCGGUUGAAAAGGCAAGAAGGCGGGAGUAUCAAGCGGUUUGGAAGCAUACGUUCCAGAAAGAUUAGUAGUCAGUCUAUCCGGUCAGAUAAAAAGUUUUUAGAAGAGGAACAAAUGGAAGGCGGUGAUUCACAACAAGCUACUAGUGACCAUGAAGCACAAGAAAGUCAUACUGAUCAAGAUGCCUACGACGAGAAAAACUUGGGUCAAAAUAUGCCAUGGAUUAAAAUUGUUGUCCAACUUGCCAAUUUGUCUAAUUUCAUUUGUACUCACCAAAAUUAUUGUCACCCAUAUUGUUAUGAGCGACAGCGGCGCAGCUGUUCACGCUUAAUCACAGCAGUGAAUAAAAUAUAUGAAUCUGUAAAAGAAGUGGAAGUGAAGAAACCUCAUAAAGUAGUUGAUUUGAGUUCUACAUUGCAGAAGGAUAAACUCAAAAGAAAAGAGUCCCUUUUUCAGCAAGCAUCACCCACACGUAGAAGGGAGAGUACUCCUCUCCUUGAGAAAAUUAAAUCAGACGUAUCCCUCUCUAAAUUAAAAUUAAGCUCUCCACAUUGGAAGAAAGAAGAAAAGCCACACAAGGCAAAAGCUGAACCAUUACCAAUUGUUAAAUAUAUCACCACUCAGGCACAUAAUCUUACCCAGUCCCCAAUGGCAGUUGUGACUAAGGCAGCACCUAUAUUAUCUGAAAAUACUUUUGUUGAUAUGAUGCCCGUAGCAUGGGAACUCAUUUUGGAAAGUGAUCAGGAAUUGGCUGCUUCUGCAGCUACUGUGUUCCUGCUAACUUCUGUGAAGGCCCCAGAUAAAGCACAAGCCAUGCUUGUAAGAGAAAUGCAGCAUGAAGAUGUUAACCAUCGAAUUAAUUCCAUUCUAAGAUUUGGUACACUUUGGCAAUUUCGCUACCAAGUAUGGCCUCGCAUGGAAGAAGGUGCAAACAAUAUCUUUAAGGUCCCUCCACCAAAUAUCGACUUUACUUUGCCUUCACCAACAAUUGGAUUACCUAGUCAAACUGUUAUAGAUCCUCCAUGGAAACCACUUUUUAAAGCAAAGAUUGAGGAAGUUACAUUAAAUCAAGAAGAAACAAAAACUUUAGUAACUGCAACAACCACUCGUCGCAAACAACAGCAAGAAAUGAUUCUGCGUGCGCUGCGUGCUGAAGAAGAACGCAAGAGAAUUGGCCGUGAAAAUUUCCCACUGACCACUACUCCAGUAUUGCAACUUGCCGCUUAUGAACCUGCCCUUCAUCAUGUUAGUGAAGACCAUGAAGAAGUCAUAUCUUUGACUUCAGCUCUCGCUGUACAGGAGGAAAUAAACAUGGCUGCACGGCGUGUUUCUCUGGCCCCCAUCAAUCGUGCUAAUGUCCAAAGUCGUAGCAUGUCAUGGAGAAAUGGUAGCAUACACUGGGGAAGGCUAACCCUUGAAGAUCUGAAUCACUAUCAACCUAGUAUUUCUCCUACUCCAACUUUACCUCUUAUAGGCGAUGAAGAUAGAACUGAACAUAUGCACCACAUGCAGUUACUCCCAAGCUUUUUUCCAUCAUGUAUGUGUGUAGCAAUUCUACCAAUUCUUCAUUUGAUGGAUGAUUUUGAUGUAAACAAUGAUGGAAUGUCUGUGGCUGAUACAGCUCGGAAUGUGAUCUGGAAAUGUCUUGUUGAUGACCCUGCCUUAUUUCUCAGACAUUUUUUGGAAAAACUUACCAACAAAGAUCGGCAGGAGGAACUAAUAUUCUUACUAAGAAAACUGCUUCUUUAUUUUCGUGACUUACCAGCACAGAUGGCACAUUCAUUAUUCAAUUAUUUGAUUGGUUAUGUUAUAUUCUAUGUGCGAACACCAUCUGAAGGUGGAAAGGAAUGUAUUGCUGGUGCUCUUUCUCUUCUAUGGCAGAUUAUACCAAGUGUCGAAGAGAUAUAUUUCAAAGAUUUAAAGCAGACAUUACGUAAAGAACAGUGUGAUCCUUUCCUUUUAGUUUCAUCUAAUGUUCCAAGUGCUAAAAAGAUAAUUGUGCAUGGCCCAGAUUUAGCAAGCAUACCCUCUCAGUUUCCUAUACAAGAGGACACAAAAUUUUCUCAGAUUCUCACUGAUUCUCUGGAUUUCUUCAAUAUCCCUGAAGACCAGCAUAACUCUUACUUCAUUGUGGACACAAAAUCAAAUCAUAUGCACAACUUGAAUUCAUAUGUACGUGACUUUUAUUUUUUCCAUCGAAAUAUCUACCCACAACUGAGCUUAGUUCAUAUGAACCCAGAUGCUGCCUUUCAAUCACUACAAAAACAGGCUUUUGUCUUAAAGUUUGUAGAAUUUGGCAAAGUACUGUUUAGUAAUGCUGUUUUACAAAGUACCCAGUCACACCAGCUUCAAAACCAUGUUUCAUUCUUGCAUGAAGAAUUUAUGAAGCUUCCAACUUUUCCACGUAAAGCAUUGGAAGCAGAAUUCAAUUUGUACUGUGGAAACUGGGGAAAGGAACUAUAUGGAAUGGAUACACUACACAAGUAUUCAUGGGUAAAAUUGAUCAAUACCAUGUUCUCAUCAAUGAGCAAGACAUUCAACUGGUCCAACGACCUACCUCUCUUCUUAAAUGUUCUCAACGGAACUAUAGUGCUACAUUGUGAAGACACAGCUGUCCUUAGAAACUGUUUGGCUAUUCUUAUAAACACAUCAAAACAUUUUAAGCAUAUUUUUUCUACAAGUGGCUUCUUGCAUAUAAUGCCAACUAUUCUUCGAGUGUACAGCAACAACCAACCAAACACCGUCCUGUGUAAAGCUAUAGAGUUCACUUGCCGCCAAUUUUACAUCCUUCACAGAAAACCUUUUAUACUUCAGAUGUUUGGCAGUACUGCACCAAUUCUAGAUAUGGACAGCUGUGUAACAAGAGUGUUUGACUGUAAUAAGAUACAACCUGAGUGCUUAUUCAGAAUUAUCCUUGAUAUUGGUCAUUCUGUUAAUGAUAAUUUGGACAUCCUUGAUUUAGUCACUGGAGAGAAACCACUAAAGGCACUAGACUUUUGCUAUGAAAAUGAUUCUGGAAACUUUGAUAUGGUUGAUAUUGUAAAUAUGUGUGUGACUGUCAUUGCAUAUUCUCCUGAUUCCUUCCGGAGCUACCAAAUGUUGAUUAUCCUGGAAGUAGUUGUGCCAAGAUUUUUGAAACAUCUAAAGGAAGGAACUACGCAGAAAGAAAGCCUGAGUGCAGCUCAAGCAGAGAUCCAAGCUAUUACCAAUAUAGCUGUCUCAAUAAGAGCCUUGAUUAAUUCAUGUGAAAUAUUCACAAGAAAUAUGAGUAUUCCACAGCGUCACAUGGAGGUUGUAAAUGCAAGCAUGAAACCUAUGCAGAAUCAUACCAACUUCUCCACACAAACAUCUGGAUAUUAUUAUGAUGAUAAAGAAGAAUCUCAUACCAGCCGUGUUGGAGAUGAUGGCAGAAAGAAAGGAUAUGUGCCUGAUGAUGAUGUUGAUGCCAAGCAGGAAUUUCGUAAACCCCGAGAUACCUUGCUAUUCAUUUCCUCUGAGUUUUUCUCCAACUGUCACUUCCGUCUACGUGAAUUGCGAAAAAAGAAGGCUGACCCCUCACUCCGUCCUGCUGAUAAACCACCUGAGCUAUUUGACUCUAAAACACAUAAUCGCCUUGCUGAAAUUGCUCAUACAUUAUUGAAGCUAGCUCCAUAUGACCCCUACAGCAUAUCUUGCCCGGGAUUACAAAGUUACAUGGUCCAUGUCCUGCCAAUAACUGACUGGUCCCAAGAACAAAUUCGGCCUGCUUUAAUUCUCAUACUCCGCAGACUGGACAGACUUUUCAGUAAAGUUUCAAAAAAGUUGUUGGUUAGGCAAGGAUGUCAUGAGAGACAAAUUGACUGGGAAGCUGCUGCAAACUUACUUAAAGGUGUUUACUUAACCCUGCGCAAACACAGUUUUAUUGCCCAUCUUUCUCAUCUUAAGACUCUCAUCAAUGUAUUGAUUGGUUUAAUUCUCUCUGGAAGCACCGGUUCAUCGCAAGACCAUAUGGUCCCAACUUUCUAUGGAAGCCACAAGAGUGACCAAAGUCAAGCUCUGCUGCCAGCUCCUUCAAUUUUUUGUUCAGCAGUCAUUAAACUUGUUGCAAUGCAAAUGCAAGUUCUUGGGGAACAAUUUUCUCUGGAACAAAUAUUUGGAGGAAUGUCUGUUUUCCCUUCAAUAGAGUGCUGUUUAAACAUGCUCGUUGAUUUUAUUCUGCCUCUCUGCAUUCGAACUGGCUAUGGAAGAAGAGAUUCUCCUCGGCUCCUUCAUGCUGACAUCCGAUAUGCAUUGUCAGUUGUCCUUCAUGCCUUGAAUCCACCUAUAAAACAUAGUAGCCAGUCUAAUACCAAAACGGGUAGCCAUCAUAUAAACAUUACUGAACAAGGCCAAUCAGAUAAUUUUCUACCAACAGAAAAGUAUUUUGUGAAACCUGGCUGCAUAGAACUACAGGAACAAACUGCUUACCUUGGUUUACAGGUCUUGAUGGUUUGUUUUGACAAUACUUUAGCAGCAGAAUGGCAUCAUGUGGCGAAAUAUGUUAUGGACAUCAGCACUAAAACUAGAGGAUCCCUUUCCCUUUGGAAAUUUCUAGACUUUAUUGUCACAUAUCGGCCCUCAGUAUUCCUCCUGCUUCAACCAUUCAUUCAGUUCAAGAUGAUGAAAGUUAAUUGUGACACUGCAGAAGAAUAUUUCUUACAGCAAAUUAUCAAAGACAAACUAAUGGGCGUCCAUUCUGUGAAUCAUCCUAAAUGUAAAGGUAACAUUCUCAUUCAGUUGACAAUAGAGUUACGACAGAUCAAAGAAGAAUUAGCAAAUGCAGACUUUUCUUCAGGUACUCCUGCCAUGCUUUCUGACCAGUCAGAGCUUUCUUACAAUCAAGCCACUGAUCAGCAGCAACAAAUAAAUGAAAUAACAGCUGAAAUUGUACCUCCCAAAUUUUCUUUGGGCAGUGUGGGAAAACAUUCCAGCAAAGGUUCCACUGUAUUUUCUCAGUCCAGUUCUAGUAGCAGCACACCAUUUAAAACUGCAACAACUAUUAAUUCAAGUGCUGGCAGUGGAAGUCCUUUGAUAAGUACAAGCAAGAAAUCAACCCGCAGAAUCAGUGCAAAGGAUGGUAGCCGUAUCUUAGACAAGUUUGAACGCAAGAAUACAAUAGUAGAUGAUCCUUCACCAGAACCUCCUGAAACUACCUCACCCAAAUUACAACGACAGUCUACAAUAUGUUUUCAAGUUCGUCAAGGAAGCCCUAGUAGGACUUCUCAACCAGCUGGUAUUGUCUUUGAAAAUGAAUGCUCUGAAAGUCAAGUAAAUGGUGCAGUAACUGGAGCUAUGACUGACGAAGAAGGCUCUGCAGAUGUUUCAAGCCAUGAUCCUGCCAAACAUCGUCUGCAGAGGCAAGAUGCCAAGAGUCGCAAAACAUUCAAAAUUAAAAAGAAAACCAAAACCACUAGUAUGAGACACCUUAUUUCUCGGCGUGGUUUACAAGACCAGGGGGAUGGUGAAAUAGUUACUUUACAUCAAGGUUCCCCAACCCAUGGACCUCUCAGUUCAGCAUUUGGUCCCGAUGCCCAAACAUUACAGUUACGUCGAACAGGAGCUGGAGCACCUAUUGCAAAAUCAGUCGAAGUUAUUCCAGAGGCUGUUGAAGUAAAGCAGCCCCGGCGUAAACAGCGCUAUAUCCAGAGGUCAAAAUCCCAUGAUGACCCCUCUGCUGAUAUCCAUGCUCCCGCAGGUACUGCCAGAGGUCGCAUUGCACGCCAGGGUGCACGCAUUGUCCGAUCUCGCUCUCCCUCAGGUAGCCCUGUACGCCACCAUUAUGAACACCACCAUCACCAGUCCACUAAUGUGAGCCCAGCGACCAGUCAAACUUACAUGGUCACUCGGUGUGACUCAUCAGAUUCAAUAAACACCAAUGAAAACUCAGCAUUACUCAAGGAUGAUGAGAAAAACCAAGCACAAGCAGCACUUUGCAUCUAUUUUGAUGGGUCUGAGCUGGAUGACAGUGUAGAAGAAGAAACAAAUGUAUACAAAAGUAAAAAGAACAAAAAAACUAAAAAGAAACUUCCAAUCUAAAAAUUAGAAAUUUUAAAAGAAUAUAUAUUUAAACUAUUAUUUUUUUAAACAAUUUAGUUUUAAUUAUUUAAAGAUAAUUUAUGCAUUUAAAAUUCAAUUUUCUUUUAGUAUUGUUAUUUAAUUUUAACUGUAAAUGCAUUUUGUUCCAAAAGUAUUUUGAAUGAAUGAGACUAGUACUGCUACGGGAAAAAAUGUUUUACUUUGCAAAUAAUUAUGAAAAAAAUAUCUAUUUUAAAGAAACGUAUAUCUAUUUUGAUUCUUGUUGCUGAUUAAUCAUUCUGGUUGCUUGCAAUAGUUUGUUUUUUGGGGUUUUUUUUUCUUUUGAUUUGUUUUCGCAUUUGAUAUAACCCAUGUUUAUUAAUAUACUAUAAAGUUCUGUUUGUUUUUUAUUUCCUUUAUUAUUUGAUUUCAAGAUUAUAGUUCUCUCUUUUUAUGAUGAUGAUGAUUUAAUAAAUUUUCAAUAUUAUUACUGUUAAUACUAAUAUUAUUAUUAU